AGCCGAGAGAAGAAUCGUCUCAUCUGGUUGCAUGGUACAGCAGGCGUCGGAAAGUCUGCCGUUGCAUUCACUGUCGCUGAAAGGAUGAAGAAUGUGAAAGUGAGAGAGCAGGUGGCCAAUGAAAAGCGGCUGGCAGGAUCGUUCUUUUUCUCGCGCAAGCACACCAAACGUUGCACGACUGGAUAUUUCUUUGCGACACUUGUCUACCAGCUUGCCAGCAAUUUCCCUAGCAUCCGGGAGGACGUGAACAAAGCCAUCCGCGAGAAUCCCGCUCUUCUAGACCCCGAUACCCCUCUUUGCGACCAGAUGGAGGCUCUCUUUCUCCAACCUCUCCGGAGGCUUCGAUUCAGACUGCGCGGGUGUCCUCCUUUGUCGUUUGUUGUCGAUGCCCUUGAUGAAUGCACAUCCGAACCCGAGCUUACCGAUCUCAUUCUUUCCCUUGCACAAGCUCUUCGUGAACCUGAUCUUCCCGUGAUCCACAUUCUGCUCACGAGUCGCUCGGAAUCGUAUAUCCGCAAAGCCUUUCAGAACGCCAAUGUGCAGCCGUUGUUGUGCGAAAUACCAGUGAAAACUUCUGGGGAUGGCAUUGGGAGCAUCAUCUCGCUAGACGGCGCCGAUGUUGACAAAGACAUAUUUUUUUUUUUGCAGCAUUCCUUCGGGGAGUUGGGAAGUCGCCAUCCUGAUUUCCCUCAGCCAUCGAGGGAUCAACUUGGGCAGCUGGCGAGCCGCGUGGGCAGACGUUUCAUCGUGGCCUCUACGAUGAUGAAGUUUAUUAUCGGCGAUGAAGACCAUGAUCCCCACGAUCGGUUACAGCUGAUGCUCGAGCUGACGAGCGAGCUACUACCAGGAACGGAGGUGUACGAGUUGUAUGACUCUAUCCUUUCCACGUGUACCGACCCCAAGCGGGCAUUCCUGCACUUGUCGAUUGUUGCUUCCCUUGCAGACCCUCUGUCGAUGUCACAAAUUUCGAAACUACUCGGCCCUGGUCGGGGCAUGGAUGUCGAGACAACGCUAGUGCAGCUACGGUCAGUCUUGGAUAUUUCCACUGACACCAGUCUCCCCGUAAAUAUCCACCACUCGUCCAUUCGUGACUAUGUUUCCAACCCCUCAAACUGCAGCCUCACUCGUGCACACGAUAUGCCAUCACCCCAUUCCCUACUCGCCGAUUCCUCUCUCCGCUUGAUGAUGAAGGAAAUU